AAAUGAUCCUUAAUCUGUCCAACAAAAUCUUAAGAAAACGUCUUAAUAUUUUUCCUUUCUAACUCUCUGUCUCUUUCUUUUUUUGCUCUCUCUUCUCUUCCAUUGAUAUAUUUUCCUUUCUGUCUGUGUUAUUACUCGGUUUUUUUUCUUUCUUUUUUCUUCUCUUCUCCUUUCAAUCCACCACCACCAACACCUUCAUCACCAACAAGAGAAUAGAAAAAAAACAAGAGUGUAAGAGAGAGAGAGAGAGAAACAAACAAAGUACCACAAUUUGCCUUCUAUUUUUUUCUCUCUCUCUUUCUCUCUCUUUCUCUCUUUCAUUCUCUCUCUUUUUGUGUUUAUGUUUUUGGCUUCAUCGACCAUCACCACCGCUGGUUCAUUGCCUUCAAUUGAACAAUUUUUUUUUUGUAUAAAAAGAAAGAAAGAUGAAAAAAUUAUUCCAACGUUUGGAGAACAGUCAAAGUAAUUCUCGUGAUACUAAUGGUAUUGUUGGUUCCUCAUGGACAACCACAUCGGUUCCUGUCGCUACGUCAAACGAAUCAGCAUCAACUGGUAAAGAUUAUAUUGGUAAAGUAUUCAAUGUAGGCCGAAUAGCCGUUACAGUGCAAGAUGUUAUUGCCGAAGGAGGAUUUGCUUUAGUAUUUUUGGUUAAAGCUUCUCAUGGGGCCAGAUAUGCGUUGAAACGAAUGUUUGUCAAUAACAAUCACGAUCUUGCUGUUUGUAAAACUGAAAUAUCAAUUGCAUCAAUGGUAUCUGGUCAUAAGAAUUGUGUUGGCCUCAUUGAAUCUGCUAUUAAUUAUGUUGGUGAUGGAGUUCAUGAGGUACUUAUGUUGAUGAACUUUUGCCGUGGUUCUGUCCUUCAAUCAAUGAACGAAAAGCUAAAAGAUACAACAACCAAUACCUACAACACAUCAGCAACAUCAUCAUCAUCAACAAUAACAACAACAACAACAACAACCUUAUCAUCUGGAACUCCUGGUUGCCUCUUCUCAGAGAAACAAGUCUUGAAAAUAUUUUGUGAUAUUUGUGAAGCCGUUUCCAAACUUCACCAUAAUAAUCCUCCCAUAAUUCAUCGAGACCUUAAGGUUGAAAAUAUUUUAAUUUCUGAGCCUGGUAAUUAUGUUCUUUGUGAUUUCGGAAGCGCUACAACAAAAGUUGUUGACAACACUUAUUCAGUAGGAUCCAGGACAGAAUUAGAGGAAGAAAUUAAAAAGUACACUACUCUUUCGUAUAGAUCACCUGAAAUGGUGGACUUGUAUAGUGGUAAAAUAAUCACAACAAAAUCCGAUAUUUGGGCCCUUGGAUGUUUACUUUAUAAACUUUGCUUUUUCUCUUUACCCUUUGGUGAAUCAACUUUAGCCAUUCAAAAUGGUUUCUUCACCAUACCCGAUAGUUCACCUUAUUCAACAAGUCUUCAUUCACUUAUUCGUUUUAUGUUGGAAUUAGAUCCAGAUACAAGGCCAGAUAUAUUUCAAGUGUCUUUUAUAGCUUUUCGUCUUUCAAAUCGCGAUUGUCCAGUUGAAAAUAUAAAUAACUCACCGUUGCCCCAAAUUGAUCGAUUGCCUUCACCAUUAACAGAGACAGAGGCUAAAAGAUUGAAGCAACAGCAGCAACUUCAACAACAACAACAACGUCAACAACAAAUUGCCCUGGCUAAAGCUCAAGCUGAGGGGACAUCAGUUGCACCUCGAUCUCGGCCUAAAGUAGCUCAGGUCACUAUAACUCCUGCUACAUCACUUCCCGUGUUGACUGCACCUCCACCUUCAUUAACUCGUUCUCCAACGCCUUCAGGGGAAAUAUCAAAAUCCAUGUCCAGUUCUCAGAGUUUCACCUCUGGGAGUACCCUUCAUAUAACCCCAAGUGAUGAUAUUUUAAUUGGUCAUCUAGAUGGUUAUAAGCCUCUUCUCGAGGAUAGUAAUGAUGAAGAUGAAGAGAAUCAACAACCAGAUGAAAAUGAAAUAACCAAAACAAGUUUACCUUAUAAUCAACCUAAUCGAUUAAAUUCGUAUGAAGUGUCACAAAAUCCUUUAAAUUCAUCAACUCCAGUGACCAGUAAACGUUCAGAAAAAUUAUUUAAUCAUCAAAAUAUAAGUGAAGACGAUAGUGAUGUCGAUAAAGAAGUUGAAAGAAAUUUAAUGGCUCAAGUUUUGAAGGACAAUGAAUCUAAUUCUCAAUGUAAUCGUCGUCAUCAAGAUCCUUUUGGUUGUAUGCCUUUUAAUCAGGAGACGACACACCUUUACUCGAGCUUGGAUCGUAAAACUGCAACCGUUUCUGGUCCCACAAUCAUAUCGGUUAAUCAAAAUACAAGUUCUCACCAACUUGUACCAUCAUCAACAUCUUCCUUACCUACUGGAGUACCACCACCAAUACCACCGCAUCAACAACAAUGUACACCCAAAGUCUCAACGGAGGGAACAUCGGUUGUCCCUCGAUCCAGACCAAAAGUGACCUCAAUUUCCAUCAACAAUGCCUCCUCUCUCCCCGUUUUGACCGUUCCACCACCACCACCUCCAGCACCACCUUCAACACGCUCACCCACUCCUCCUUCCGAAAUCUCUAAAACAUUGACCAUCUCUCAGAGCUUCAACUCAAACAUCCUCUCAUCUGGAAAUGAAGAUAUUCUGAUCGGCCAUUCAGAUGGAUUUCGACCUCUUUUGGAAGAUUCAGAAGAUGAUGGAGAUGAUUCAGAUGAUGAUGAUUACUCAGAGGAAACGGAAGAUUCAGAAGACGAUAGUGAUUCUUCAACCGACAAUGAGAAUAGUAUACCCUACAAAGAACACAUAAUCGAUGAUUUAAAUGAUGGAAGACGAGACUUUUACGAGAAUCAAGAUGGUCGUAGUAGUGGUCGAAGUGAUCAAAGUGAUCGUAGUGCUGAAGUUGCAGAUGAUAGUGAUGUAGAUCGAGAAGUUGAAAGAAAUCUUCUUGCACAAGUCCUCAAAGAUACCGAAUUAAGUCAACAUCAUGAUCGUCAUAAUCAGGAUCUUUUUGGAAGCCUUCCUUUUGAUCAACAAACGGUCAACGCUCAUUCUAAUAUGUUAGAAAGGAAACAAUUUGCUGAUCAACUUCACCAGGAGCAAAUUAAACAGCACAAACAGAGGCAACAACAACAACAUCAUUCGAUACCAUCAAAUAUAACUAAUCAGUCAUUGUUGUUCCAAGUUGAUCAUCAAGCACAAAAUAAUGUUCAUCAAGUGCAACAGAUUAAAUCAUCUUUAAUCAAACCCAAUUUACCUCCAAAGCCAAUUGUAUCAUCGGCAUCAUCAACAUUGGAGUCUCAAGAUUUAUUUGGUGCUAAACCUUUCGUUGCUAGUGAUAACCAAUUCGCAUUAAAUUGUCCUGUAAAUCAAACCAAUUUGCCUAUUCGCUCAAAUCAUGAAACUAAUACAACCAAAUUGAGAUCAACAAAUCAAGAGGAGAGACAAAAUUUGGAUGAAAUAAGCAAAAUAAAACCUCCAGUUCCAUUGAAACCUCUUUCCAAGGUUUUCAUAAAUUAUACCAAUUCUUCAACAAUCAACAAACCAGAUUCAGAAAAAAGUAAUUCUCCACAACGAUUAAUUAAUCAAGCUUCUGGUUUCGCCUCUCCAGCUUUCUCUGGAACAACGAUAAUACCAAGUUCAUCAACGAACACCCUCCCUGGUUUACCUGUUCCAACAGUGGUGACCACAAAUAUCGUAAGAGAUUCAACCGGACAAGUGGACAAUCGAUUGACCAAAUCAAAACAAAUUUUAAAGCCAAAAGCCGCAUCAUCAAAAGCCGUUAAAGCUUAUAAAGUUGAAGAAGUUGACGAUGAUGUAGAUGGAUUAUUGUCUGUUGAAGAACAGGAAGAUGAUGUUACCGCAUCAUCUUCAUCAUCAUCAAAAAAGGAGAAAGAAAAGAAAGAUAAAGCAAAAAGUAAAGAAAAAGUAAAAAAAGAUAAGAAAAAAAGUAAAGAGAAAAUAAAGUCCAAUGAAAAAGAGGAUAAAAAAAAGAGUAAAAAGGAAAAAGAGAAAACUGUCAAUUCAACUGGAGGAUUCGCAAAUAUGAGUUUCGAGGACAAUAUUGAAGAUGGAAUAAGAUUAUAAAUUGUUGAAACUGUUGUUAUCCUUUUUCCUUCUCGAUUCUACCUUCCAUUUCCAAUCUCAUCUAAAUGACACUCACAAUCACCUCAACAUGACCUCCAACCCUCAAUAUUAUAUUUCCAUAGUCGAUAUAUUUUGUCCUUUUCUUUUUCUUUUGAUGUUCUCUCUCUCUCUCUUUAAUUAUCUAUCAUUUCUUUCACAUCACACAAUCUAUUUACAGAUCUUUCAAAGAUACUGUAUUUCCUUUUCCUAUUUGGGUUAACAAAAAUGAUUGGAUUUGUCUAAAUUAUUAACUAGCAAUCGUUGUACAGACAAACACAGAUUAACUUAUAUAUAUUAAGAAAGUAUUUACUUUUAUUAAGUUUAACAUUUCCUUGAUUAACAACAAUUAACAGAGAGUUGAAACAAACAAACAAAAAAGAGUACAAGAUGAAAAUCCCAAGGGAAAUUGAUACCUUUUUGUUUUUCUGUUUUUCUUCAUAAUAAUUAAGAGGAAUUAGAGAAUAAUUAAACAAUGUAAUUAAUGUA